GUCGUACUCUGAGUUACUGGUGCUUCAGCCCCGGACACAGCAUGUUGGACCUGGUGGCUCACGGAGUGAAGAAUGUGAUCCUGACCAGUGGUACACUGUCGCCCAUCAACUCCUUUACAGCAGAGAUGCAAAUUCCAUUUCCUUUGAGGCUGGAGAACCCUCAUGUGAUAGAAAAACACCAGGUUUGGAUAGGGACCAUGCAGAAAGGGCCAGACGGGGUGGUCCUUAACUCUAACUAUGAAACAAGAUUCAAGCCAAGUUACAUGUCAUCUCUCGGGAAUGUUAUAGUUAACUUUGCUCGUGUGGUGCCCAAUGGGAUGCUGGUGUUCUUCCCAUCGUACCCGGUCAUGGAGAAGAGUCUGGAGCACUGGCAGGAAAACAAUAUCUACAACAGAAUCACUCAGUACAAGCCAAUUUUUGUGGAGCCUCGAGGAAAGGUGGCCCUGUAUGAG